CUGGUAUAACGGGUAUCUCAGCUUAAAGGAUGACGAAGCCAUGAUGUACGACCUAAAACAACUGGAAUUUCCUAUGUCUGAGGUCAUAUCAAAAUGUCAAAACACUCGUGACACGUGUGGAUGUUCCUCCGUGGAGUUGAUGGAUAUUGACUUUGAUAUACAUUACGAAAGGGUGACACUUCCAGCGUAUUUCAGUAUCCAUUCCAAAGGAGAGUCGCCGUCUAAUCCAUGCGGGGAUUUCGUGUCCGACGUUGGGUUCCAACAGUAUAUGGCGUUCAAGUAUGCCAUUGAUAAGAUAAACAACGAGCUUCAUUUGCUGCCUAAUAUCUCCCUGGGGAUGAUGGCUUUUGAUACCUGCUCUAACCCGGACUACGGCAGACAAGUGUUCCAAGCGUUUGAUAGAAAUCUACUGCUCAUGAACAAGCCCCCUGAGUUGCCCAUUCUUACAUACGUCUUUGCAUUCCUCGGGGACACUAGGAGUGACGUAUCAGCCUCCCUAAGCAAAGCCAACCAGAAGGGAUACAACCUGGUACAGAUAAGCCCGUCAUCGACGUCCGAUGAUUUAUCAAACAGGGCUAGCCAUCCAUUGUUCCUAAGAACUAUACCAUCAGAUAGGUCCAUAGUUGAAGCGACAGUUGAGGUAAUAAAGGAACUAGGUUGGACAUAUGUAUCAACAAUAUAUCAUAACACAACGGAGAAUAUGAUAGCCAUAGAAUGGCUGCAGAAAUCAUUGGAGUUUGAAGGGAUAUGCCUUGCUAAAGUUACUGUUGUUGAUGACACCAACCAAGACUACCAAAUACACGUAGAUGCUUUGAAUAAAGCGGAAGGAGCAAGGGGUGUGAUUGUCUUCCUGGAACCCCAUCAGUUCCGUCUAUUGCUAGAUGCAGUUAACAGCAAACAAAUAUUGGGACGAUUUGUGUGGAUAUCCACGCUUGAUGAAACAGUUUUUAAAACAGUAACUGCUGGAUUAGAGACCGUUAGCAGAGGAGCCAUAAAUGUUGUUCCUGAUUGGGGAUAUGAUCCAGACUUUGAUAAAUUCUUCAUGAACCUCAAACCAAACAGUGACCCUAACAAUCCAUGGUUGACUGAAUUCUGGGAGCAUCAUUUCCAAUGUAACCUCGGACAUAGGGGAAAAUUCAACCAGGCUUGUAACGGACUGGAGUCAUUAACAGAUAGUAACUUCAAACAGAAUGAAUACGUUGCCAAUACCAUCAACGCUGUAUUCGCCUUUGCUAAAGGUAUCACAGCUAUGCUCCAGGAGGAAUGUGGAUCUACGAAACUUCCCCAUUGCAGUGCUAUACAGCCAAACGAUACAGCCAUGCCAUAUGAAUACAUACACAGGGCGACCUUCAAGAGCGUCAAUGGAAAGAGGUUUAGGUUUACAUGGAAUGGAGAUGGCCUCGGAGAGUAUAAGAUUUUAAAUUAUCAGCCCGAUAACUCAGAUCAAAUGAAGCAGGUAAUAAUAGAUGUGCUUUCAUUCGACCUCAUCAACGCGUUAAUCA